AUGGCGGAUGUUCUACGGCAUAGUGGGAAAUUAUCAGACGAAACCUGCCACUCGAUUUUGUGUGGAUUGGGUAAACAUGUCGAUACUUUUGAUUUAUCCAAAACCAAAGAAGAAGUUGAUGGAUGGACUUCGGAGGAAGAUGAACAACUUGACCAAGAAUACUGUCGCCAAGUUACCGAGUCUCUGGGUUUCGAUAUUGAUGGUAAUGUUCGUAUCCCAUCAUGUGGAAUCUCACCAGUCUUUCUAGGUGCUAAUGAAAGCCCGCAUAGCGAAAUCAGUCUUUAUGGCCGUUUGGGAGUUCAUUGCUUCAAUAUUGACAAGGAGGGGAAGUUGAAGUAUAUGCGCAUACCUAAAUACAAUAUUCAAUUUCCUAAAGCUAUGUCUUUCUAUAUAACCGUGGAGGUGAAAGAUCUUGCUGAUAAUUCAGCUCACACUUUACAGACCUUGGUCACAAGAUCUUUCUCUAGGAAUGGAGAGCACUUAAGAGUCUCUACUGGAAUUUGCAGAAUCAAACCCGAAACACCUGAAGGAGAUAUCUGUCUUGUGGAUGAGGAAGCAAUAGAUAAGUUUUACAAAGGUGUUAUGCCCAACUUUGUGUCCAAAGAAGGAGCUGUCAAUGAUAAGUUGAGAUUCUACGAGGUUCAGGAGCAGGACAUAUGUGCAAAUGAUUGGCUACGUCUAUAUACUGAAUUUGCACUUUUUUCCUUCUGGAGAUAUAAUGAGGAUGGGUUUGAGUCUUGUUUACCUGUGGAGAUCAAGAAGAUAAUUGUGGAGACUUGUGAAACUCAUAGAGAGCCGCGUCUGAAGCUGAAGUCUAGUAAUGCCAUCUUCCACAUAAACUUCAGCGCCAAGAGUUGUGACUACAAAUCGGUUGUAAGAAGAACGACGGAUGGGAAACCGGGACAUAUAGUUCUCGAAAUUAAUACCUGGAAGAACGAUCAACCGAGCUCCACCUGAACCGCUUUCUUUACUACUACAAAAACAGUCCUUAAGCCGCCUAAUUUACUAGAUUUCAUCGAUAAUUGUAUCCAAAAGGCUUUAGUUUUUACUCGUACUUAUAGGUUAAUGUGGCUGAAACCUUAAUUAUGCCUUUUAGUUUUAGUCAUGGAUGUACUUUGUUUUUCACCCCAGCUAAUCUUAUGAAGGUGUCUGUAUAUUCAUUGACAUUAUAUUAUGUAUUUA